AUGAACGCAACUUCAACUACAGCUACAACAACAACAUCAUCUGCCACUAACAUUUCCUCAGCCUUCUCCGUCCCAGCCACUGCGGCUGCCGUCGACGAUACCGCUGCGCCCAUCAUUUGCAACGAUGUCUUCAUCAACCUCUCUGACUACCAGUCUGUCCGGCCUCUGAUACACAGAGUUUUCCCCGCUUGGGCUCAUGUUCCUGUGUUUAUCGACUUGGCCUCUGAUGCUGCUGAUCAAGACCCAUCCCAACAAAAUAAUAGUGUUAUUACUGCCAAGGCCGCUACCGUUCAGUCUACUGACAAGGUGGUUGUUAAAAGACUCACAGGAGGCAUCACCAACGUUCUUUUCCAAGCGACUUACUUUCACUACCCGACAUAUGUCCCAUCAGCUCCUGCACCCGUUCCUUUGAAUAAUUCAACUACGACAGCUGACGAUGAUACCAACUCUACCAACACAGCCACAUCUUCCUACGCUGCAUCUACAGCCUCUACAGUCGUGGACGAUGAGGACACGUUAACCAGACCCCAAGAGUUUGUUUUUUUGGUCCGAGCCUACGGAAACGGUACCGACACCAUUAUUGAUCGCGACAGAGAGUUUGCGACUCACCAACACCUUCACUCUAAAAACCUGGCCCCCCAGCUUUAUGCACGCUUUGGCAACGGGCUUGUCUAUGCAUAUUUGCCGGGUCGUGCUGUGCACUACACCCUGCUUAGCGAUGAUGAUGUGGCCGUUGCUAUUGCGCGAAGAUUAGCUGAGUGGCAUGAUCUGCUUGACGCAAAGGCUAUUGACAAUCACAUUGCAUUGCUCAAGGGCCCUGGAAAGUCUUUUGUGCGCUCCUUUUGGGAACUGCUUGACGGCUGGAUUGCAGCCAUGCCUGAAAAUGUCAUCAAGACACACACCAAGGAAGAAAUGAAUAAAGAGCUCCAAUGGAUUAAACAAGAAAUUGGCCAAAUGGGUGGCCCUAUGGUUGUUGCUCACUGUGACUUACUUGCGGGAAAUGUCAUUGUUCCUACAGACUGGGAACCUCGCAAGAAAACAACAAGCGACAACCAAAACGACAUUUCAGACUUGGAUGUAUCAUUUAUUGACUACGAAUAUGCAAUGAACUCCCCCCGGGCGUUUGAUAUUGCUAACCACUUUAUGGAGUGGCAGGGAUUUGAUUGCAAAAAGGAAUUGAUUCCUGUUCCUGAAGAAACCAACCCUGUGCUGCGCACCUGGGCUCGCGAUUACCUUUCAUACUUCUCAAGUUCUUCCGAAGAUAUCUCGGAAGUGGACACUCUGGUCAAGCAGGUGCUGACCUGGUGGGGCAUGCCUGGGUUCUACUGGGGUAUUUGGUCCUCUAUUCAGUCCACCAUUAGUGAUAUUGAGUUUGACUAUGCUAACUAUGCCAAUGAACGAUUGGCGGAGUACUGGGAGUGGAAGAAACGGUAUCUGAAUAAGCACAGUUGA